UAUUGGGACGCCCUUGGGUACAAACAACAUUUUAUCAAAAAGUGGGAAAGGAGAGAGCGAACGCGUUGUGGAACAGGAACAUUGUUGGUCAAAGCGGGGUCGUUCGCAUGUUUCGAGGGACGAGCCUUCAGGCUCCCAUCACUUGGUGUUUGUGUUUCAAACCAAAACCAAAACCAAAAACAAACACUACAAAUAUGCUGCCACCGCUACACUCUGGCACUCGCAGCCGCCAAGGUAUGCACUCACUCACACCUUUUUUUCACAUUAACCUACCCUAACUUUCUUUCGCUGCUUCACUCCUUCAUUCGCCGCAUCUUCUUCUUCUUCUUCUCUCUCUCCCUACCUGAUAUUCUACAACCGUCACAAACGCGAUGGCGCUUGUUUUUGAGGUUUACCGACGCUACAUCUACUGCCACAUUGUCUCACUUUUUAUUCUGUUAAGUUGUUGCUGUUGAAUGAAAUUGAAUUUUCUUAAUCGAGCUUUGAGUAAUUUUUGGUUCAUUUUAAUGUUUGAAUGAACGGUGCCUUGAUGGAUGCAUGACAUGUUUAGCUAGAUGAUGCCAUGACUGAUAAUCUCUGUACACGUGCUUGUCAGUCCUGCCAGUGCAUGAUAUUUUAAUGGCUUUAAAUUGUAAUUCAGUUAUUCUUGGAAAUCUUCCUCUCUUUUUUUCUCAGGUUCUUGGCAGAUUCAACCGUGCUCGCGCUGCUCGGUUGACACUCCCUCAUCAUGUGUGCCAAACUCCUUUGUUUAUGCCUGUGGGCACACAAGGAACAAUAAAGGGAUUGACAAAUAGUCAGCUUGAGGAUAUAGGUUGCCAAAUAAUACUUGGAAAUACUUAUCAUUUGGCCCUUCGACCUACUUCUGAGCUUCUUGAUGAAGUUGGUGGCCUUCAUAAUUUUAUGAAUUGGCAACGGGGUCUGCUUACAGAUUCUGGUGGCUUUCAAAUGGUUUCGCUGUUGCAUCUCGCUGACAUCACAGAAAAAGGUGUGACAUUUCAGUCACCGGUUGAUGGAAAGCCAAUGCUUCUAACACCUGAGGAAUCAAUUCAAAUCCAAAACAGAAUUGGAGCAGACAUCAUUAUGGCUCUUGAUGAUGUUGUAAAGACCACCAUUACCGGUCCACGAGUUGAGGAAGCUAUGUAUCGAACACUUAGAUGGAUAGAUAGAUGUAUAGCAGCUCACAAAAGACCUCAUGAUCAAAAUUUAUUCGGUAUUGUUCAAGGUGGUUUAGAUCCUAUAUUGAGGGAUAUCUGUGCUAAAGGUCUGGUGGAUCGCAAUUUGCCUGGCUAUGCUAUUGGUGGUCUUUCAGGCGGUGAAGAUAAAAAUUCAUUUUGGCGAGUUGUUGCUCAGUGCACUGCUGCUUUGCCAGAGGAUAAACCACGAUAUGUUAUGGGAGUUGGUUAUCCUCUUGAUAUUGUUGUUUGUAGUGCUUUGGGUGCUGAUAUGUAUGACUGCGUGUAUCCCACCCGUACAGCACGCUUUGGCACUGCUCUCAUUCCUGAGGGAGUAUUAAAAUUAAAACACAAAGCAAUGGCCGAAGACACCCGUCCAAUUGAUCCCACUUGCCCUUGUAUGGUUUGCAAGAACUAUACCAGGGCUUACAUCCAUUGCCUUGUGACAAAAGAUGCAAUGGGAUCUCAACUUUUGUCGUAUCAUAAUUUAUACUACAUGCUGCAGCUCAGUAGGAAUCUACACUCUUCAAUAGUUGAAGGAAGGUUCCCAGAGUUUGUAUGUGACUUUCUACACAAAAUGUUUCCCAAAGGUGAUGUUCCUGAAUGGGUCUGCGAUGCUAUGGAGGUGGCUGGAAUCGACAUUUCUUCCUGCUGUGCUCCAUUUUCAUCAUGCGAAGAAUAUGUUUCUAAAAGCAUGCCCAAAGAAGUUAUUUUAGCAGGGUAAAGAUGAUACACAGACGAAUAGAACCAAAAAGUUACAUUGAAGAGAUACACUGUAGUUUACUAUGAUUUCUUGCGGCAUAAAUUUUGUAUUCUGCUUAUGCCGCCAUAGUAAAAAAAAUAUGAAAGGUUAGAAUUAUAAUUUAUACUAUAUCCCUUUAGGUUCUUCUUUAUCACGCAUAUGAAGAUUCGUCUUGUAUGCUAUAGAAUGUAAAACGAUGUAUUGUUUCAUAUACUGUUUUUGUUUCCGAAGUACACGUAGUGAGAGAUUAUCUGACACUGAAGCGAAGCUUAAAUGUAACUCUUUUAUGACCACAAGUUUGCUCAA